AAGGAGAAGUAAGACAUGUAUGCGCUUGUGAAAUGGUGUGCCGGGGUUGAUGAGGGGAAAUUUAGUAUUGUUCACAUUAAAUACAUACAAAAUUUUGAUCUGGAAAGUUUUGUAAACGGCGUGAUUACCUACGAAGACGAAUUUGCCGUCGAGUGGGGUGUGGGAAAACGACCAAAAGGUGGAUUCCCCAUUUAUAUGGCUACCGUUCAAUCAGUUGGAGACAUGAAUACUUUGGAGCGAAAGUUGGACAAACGUUCGAAGAAAGAUUCCGAAGACAACGCCAUUGUGGGAAAGAGAAUCCGUGUUGCCAAACGUCUGUGGGAGGAUGAGGAUGAGGAUGACCCCCCUACUGCCGUGGCCACAGUCAGUGGAACCAAAGCUGCCAUUCACAAUCAAGGAGCUGAAAUCCUAGCUUCCAUUUCCUUGGAAGAACAAGCAGAAAAUGGGGACAACGAGCUCUCACUUGUGCGUCAAGAAUUGCUAGAAAUAAAAAAAUUCAUCUUUACAGAGAUACCUCAGAUAAAAGAAAUGCUCAACAGAAGCUCCAUGCACCUCGGCAGUCCAGGGUCUCUCCCCAGCCCUUCAAACCCUGUUCAAAUAGAAGAAAUUGUCCCAGGUUCAGGUGUUUACGUAUCACGAAGUGUGUGGCGCUCUGCUUGCCAGGCAUCUAGUGGGACUUCAAUGGCAAGGAUUUUGCUGCUUGGGGUGUUUGACAUUGAAACACUCAUCAAAAGUAAUUUGAGAGGAGGGGAAUCCAAGGUUUCAAAGGGGGGAGAUGGGGAGAAAAGAAGCGCCCUGGAUGAAAUAAAAGUGAAAGCUAUAAUGGAUGCUGUUAUGUCAAGACACUCAGUUUCGACUGGCCAGAUCAGAGCAGCCCUGAAUGGGAAGAUGGCAGAACUAAGACUGGCAAUGUCCAGGAAAAAUUUUCAUUAAAAAUGAGUGUUUCCCGAGUGAGUCAAAAAAUCUGAAGUUGAAAUUAAAUGAAGUUUUUACUUGAAAAGUUUGUGUACUGAACAAAAUGCAUUAAAGUUUGUAUUUGAAAAGACCUCGAAUUGUGUGUUCUG